AACUUUUUCAAAUAUUUUUUUAGAAACUAAUAUUUUAUUAUUCUAUCGAUAAUAUGUGGCAAUGUACUGGUCUACUAAACAAUGGUUGACAAUAAUUAUUCUCGCGCUACGUUUCUUUGUUGAUACUAAAGUAUGUUCAAAUCUUGUUACUUUUGACGAUGUUCACAAUGCCCUUCAAGCAUCGAAGAUUGUAUAUGACAAGAGCGUUGCAUUAAAGUUGCCUAUACCCUAUACGAAGUUUAAGAUUAAGCAGUUGUACCAGAUUGAUAGUGAUGAUGAUUCUAUAGAAGAUGGGUUAAAGGUUUUGGUCGCAGAAAAAGAUGAUGAGUUUACAACGCUUGUUGCUAUUAAAGGACCUAACGGACCAGACGCUUUAAAGUAUAAUGUCUAUCAAAAGCUUCAACGAUUUGAUGGGGUUAAAGUGAAAUUCAAAAACGAUGAAACCUCUGUCAAUGCCUUAUUUUGGAAAGCCUUUGAGAUGAUUAAAAAUAAUAUUGCACCAAAAAUGCAAGAUCAGUCGCGAAAAUAUAUUUUGACUGGUCAUUCUAUUGGUGGGGCCAUUGCUUCAAUUCUUGCCCUGUACCUUAAAAGUAAUGAAGGGCGGAUGUGGGAGAAUCCAGAAAGUUGUUUGAUUACUUUUGGGCAACCUCGAGUCGGCGAUAUUCGUUACGCAAUAUUGCACGAUAAACUUAUAGAUCCAUUUAGAAAGUUUAGAUUUGUUAACGAUUUAGAUCCUGCUCCGCACAUUCCUUUUUGGCCUGAAGCUGUACACCACUCAAGAGAAAUAUGGAUGACAUCUGCAAUCAUGAGCAAAGAGAAAUACUGGAAAAUAUGCGGGGUGAUGGAGCCACUACGAGGAAGCAACAUGUGGGUACAAAACCCUCAAGUUAACGACCACGAUAUUAGAGCAUACAGAGAUUUUAUUGUUCACCCCCCAUCUGUUUACCUAGAUACAUUUUAUGGACGCCACACAAAAUGGAUAGAUGCUCUAGAAAACUCAUGCUCAGGAAACACGACAAUAAACUUCUCAAAUGAUGACCUUAUACCUCAAUCCUUUUGAUUUCGGAACCAUUUUGUACGCUUUUAAUUUUUUAAAUGAAUAAAGCAUUUGUUAAAAAACCUUUUUUCACUAAAUAUAAAUAUUGUUUGAUAUG